CAGUACAACACUCAAAAUUAUUUGUUACUCAAAAUUAAAUUUAUUUGUUAUUGCCUGCUCGCUUGGUGUUUUACACGUUUUUCGCGAUGUCUAUCUAUGCAAAAGUUGAAAAAGGACCUGCAAUUGAGGUUUUUGCCUUAACGCAAGCAUUUAAAGACGAUUCCAACCAAAACAAAGUCAAUCUAUCUGUGGGCGCUUACAGGACAGAUACUGGGGCGCCUUGGGUCCUGCCGGUGGUGCGAAAAACCGAAAUAUUAAUCGCCAGCGAUGAGUCUAUUAACCAUGAGUAUUUGCCAGUGACUGGUCUUGAAUCAUUCACAAAUGCGGCAACGGAAUUGGUGCUGGGUGCUGAUUCCAUAGCCAUCAAGGAGAAUCGCGCUUUUGGCGUGCAGACUAUAUCCGGAACUGGUGCUCUGCGUGUGGCUGCCGAGUUCCUGCACACACAGUUGAACAGAAAUGAAGUCUUUUACUCGAAUCCAACAUGGGAGAAUCAUCACAAGAUUUUUGCCGAUACUGGUUUCACCUCGUUGAACUCCUACCGCUACUGGGAUCAAUGCAAGCGUCAGCUGGACUUCAAGGGCAUGAUGGCUGAUCUUGACCAGGCUCCUCCCGGAGCAGUGAUAAUCUUGCAUGCGUGCGCACACAAUCCCACUGGCAUUGACCCCACCCAGGAACAGUGGAAGGAAAUCGCCGAUCUGAUGGAGCACAAGAAACUCUUCCCGCUGUUCGAUUCGGCGUACCAGGGCUUUGCCAGCGGUGACCCCGAUCGCGAUGCUUGGGCUGUGCGGUAUUUCGUGUCGCGUGGCUUUGAACUCCUAACUUGCCAGUCGUUUGCAAAGAACUUUGGCCUGUAUUGCGAAAGAGCUGGCAACUUGACGGUGGUGCAACAGCACGCAUCCACUAAGGCUGCGGUACACUCCCAAUUGACUUUGAUUAUCCGCGGCAUGUACUCCAACCCACCAGCCUAUGGCGCUCGCAUUGUAUCGACCGUGUUGAACAACCCGGCAUUGCGUCAAGAAUGGAUGGACUGCAUCAAGCUAAUGUCGAGUCGCAUCCGGGAGAUGCGUUCACUGCUGCGGGACAAGCUCGUUGCACUGGGAACGCCUGGCAACUGGGACCAUAUUGUCAAUCAAAUCGGCAUGUUCUCGUACACGGGCCUCAAUGAGAACCAAGUUCGAUACCUAAUCAAGGAGUACCACAUCUAUCUCCUAAAGACAGGUCGCAUCAACAUGUGUGGCCUCAAUACGGGCAACAUUGAGUAUGUGGCCAAGGCCAUUAAUGCCGCCGCCACUGCUGGAUCGAACGUUUCCUGCCCCUGUGACAACAAAUUGUAAAAUGUAAAAUGUAUCUUGAGUAAUUGAAUGUGCACCGCAUAUACCAAAAUCCACUGAAUUAUGUUAACCAUAGGCAUGCAAAUUAUUUUUGUCUGCACAAUUAGCAUUUAAAUCCAACUGUUGUCCCAACAACAAUCCAACUACGAAACAUUUAGACCCGGCCUUUAUAUACACAAUGUAUACUCUUUACCUAAUUUGAUUAUACAAUUUACACGAUUUUGCA